CGGACUAUAAAUGAUUGAAGCGUCCUGUUUCCUACGCUCCGCACAGCACAAUUUGGCCGUUUUGCUUACUUUUUUUUUUUUUUUUUGAGGUAAUUUGUGUUCAGACGUAUGUUAGCUGCCUCCGUUCGUCCCUCCCAUUGUGAGCGCCUUGCACGAACCCUGAGGGAGUGACUUAAGAGCAGCGCUGGUCUGUGAUUCGCAUCCUGCUUAAAGUCCAACGGCGCUGGUGCGGUUGUGUGUGCGUGUGGUGGGUCUACGGAGUCUGUUUUCAAGGUCAAGCAUGAAAAGAGGCAAGAAGGCAGCGGAGGCGACCGUAGAAGAGGACAAUGACGCCGCCACUGAGACUUCGGCAAAGAAAGCGAAGAAGACGAAGGAACCGGAAGCUCCUAUCUUGUACGAAGACCCCCCUGACAAAAUGAGCAGCAAGGACGGACGCGCCGCCAACAUGAAGAUCAGCUCCUGGAACGUGGACGGCCUGAGGGCCUGGGUGAAGAAGAACGGCCUGGAUUGGGUGCGUGAGGAGGAUCCAGACGUCCUGUGCCUGCAGGAGACCAAGUGUUCGGAGAAGAACCUGCCUGCCGAGAUCACCUCCAUGCCCGAGUACCCGCACAAGUACUGGUGCGUGUCGGACGAAAAGGAGGGCUACAGCGGCGUGGCCAUGCUCUGCAAAACCGAGCCCGUCAAAGUCACGUACGGCAUCGGCAAAGAGGAACACGACAAGGAGGGCCGCGUCAUCACCGCGGAGUUCCCCACCUUCUACCUGGUGACCGCCUACGUGCCCAACGCCAGCAGGGGCCUGGUGCGCUUAGACUACCGCAAAACCUGGGACGUGGACUUCCGCUCGUACCUGAGCGAGCUGGACAUGCAGAAGCCCCUGGUGCUGUGCGGCGACCUCAACGUGGCCCACCAGGAGAUCGACCUGAAGAACCCCAAGGGGAACAAGAAGAGCGCCGGCUUCACCCCGGAGGAGCGCGAGGGCUUCGGCCAGCUGCUGGAGGCGGGCUUCACCGACAGCUUCCGCGAGCUCUACCCCGAGCAGGCCAACGCCUACACCUUCUGGACCUACAUGAUGAAUUCCAGGGCCAAGAACGUGGGCUGGCGGCUGGAUUACUUCGUGCUGUCGUCCUCUCUGGUGCCGGCGCUGUGCGACAGCAAGAUCCGCAACAAGGCCAUGGGGAGCGACCACUGCCCCAUUACGCUGCACAUAGCGGUGUAAGUUAGUAGUUCCCAUGCCACCUCAGCACCAAACUACACAAAACUGCCAUUUUUUUCCUCAAAUCAAGUUAACAACUGUUUCUCUGGUUGUCAUGUGUGAUAGUCUCCGUCUGUGCCGCUGCUGACCUUUAUAAAACAUACUGAUGCAUUUUCUCUUGUAAUCUUGAAUCACUCUUCAAUAAAAUCUGAUUUAUAAA